GUCGCGGGGCGGGGCGGAGGAGCCCUGUCUGCGGCGCCUGAGCCGUGUGUCCCUGGCCGACGCCCCCGCUGUCGCGCCGCUUCCAGCUUUUGCCUGCUUUUGUACACGUGACGGUCAGGGCUUCGGGCCUGCUCACGCCGCCGGGCGUCUCCGCCGAGCCGCCUAGUCCUGCAGGCGGCUCUUCUCGACCGGGCCGGGUUGCGGGGAAGAUGGCGCCGGCGCCUCUAGGCGUCCAGGACGAGCAGCUCUUGGGGUGCCGCUCCGCACCCCUCUCCCGGCUCCUCUUCCUCGCCCAGGCGGUCCUGCUGCUGCCCGGCGCCCGGGCCGGCCCCUGCCCCGCACCCUGCUCCUGCGGCGCCGCGCUGCUGGACUGCAGUCGCAGGAGGCUGCCCGCGCAGAGCUGGAGGGCGCUGGCGGGCCCGCUGCCCCCCGACACAGCCAGCUUGGAUUUGAGUCAUAAUCGGUUGUCUAACUGGAACAUCAGCUUGGAAUCACAAACAUUACAAGAAGUGAAAAUGAACUACAAUGAGUUAACAGAAAUUCCAUACUUUGGAGAACCAACAUCUAAUAUUACUCUACUUUCAUUAGUCCAUAAUUUAAUCCCAGAAAUAAAUGCAGAGGCAUUCCAGUUUUAUCCUGCUCUUGAGAGUUUAGACCUCAGCUCCAAUAUAAUAUCAGAAAUUAAGACAUCUUCAUUUCCUCGCAUGCAGCUUAAACAUCUGAACUUGAGUAAUAAUAGGAUAACUACCUUGGAAGCUGGUUGCUUUGAUAAUUUAUCAAGUUCCUUAUUAGUGGUAAAGUUAAACCGGAACCGGAUUAGUAUGAUUCCACCUAAGAUCUUCAAGCUGCCUCAUCUCCAGUUCUUGGAACUUAAAAGAAACAGAAUUAAAAUUGUGGAGGGCCUUACAUUCCAAGGGCUUGACUCCUUAAGAUCUUUGAAAAUGCAGCGGAAUGGAAUUAGCAAACUUAAAGAUGGAGCAUUUUUUGGCUUGAAUAACAUGGAAGAACUAGAACUAGAACACAAUAACCUUACGCGAGUGAACAAGGGGUGGUUAUAUGGCUUGCGAAUGUUACAGCAGCUGUAUGUUAGCCAGAAUGCUAUUGAAAAAAUCAGCCCUGAUGCGUGGGAGUUCUGCCAGAGACUAUCGGAACUUGAUUUGUCUUACAACCAACUGACGCGCCUGGAUGAAUCUGCCUUUGUGGGUCUCAGUUUACUGGAGAGAUUGAAUUUAGGGGACAACAGAGUCACUCACAUUGCUGAUGGUGUAUUUAGGUUUCUUUCUAAUCUUCAGACACUAGACUUACGAAACAAUGAAAUUUCAUGGGCCAUAGAAGAUGCUAGUGAAGCCUUUACUGGACUCACAAGUCUCACUAAAUUAAUCUUACAAGGAAACCAGAUUAAGUCAAUUACAAAGAAAGCAUUCAUUGGUCUUGAAUCCCUUGAGCAUCUAGAUCUGAACAACAAUGCUAUAAUGUCUAUCCAAGAAAAUGCUUUUUCUCAGGCUCAUUUGAAAGAACUGGUUCUGAACACAAGCAGUUUGCUCUGUGACUGUCAUUUGAAAUGGUUGCUUCAGUGGCUGGUUGAUAAUAACCUCCAUCACUCUGUAAAUGUAAGCUGUGCCCAUCCUGAAUGGCUGGCAGGUCAAAGCAUCCUGAACGUGGACCUAAAGGAUUUUAUCUGUGAUGAUUUUCUCAAGCCACAGAUAAGGACACAUCCUGAAACCACAGUUGCUCUAAAGGGCAUUAAUGUGACUCUGACCUGUACUGCAGUAAGCAGCAGCGAUUCACCAAUGUCCACGGUGUGGCGCAAAGACAGUGAAAUUCUGUAUGACGUGGAUAUUGAGAAUUUCGUCCGUUAUCAGCAGCAAGCUGGAGAAGCUCUGGAACAUACUAGUAUUUUACAUCUUUUCAAUGUGAAUUUCACAGAUGAAGGGAAAUACCAGUGUAUUGUUACUAAUCACUUUGGCUCCAAUUAUUCUCAGAAAGCCAAACUAACUGUGAAUGAAAUGCCAUCUUUCUUGAAAACUCCAAUGGACCUAACUGUUCGCACUGGUGCCAUGGCCAGAUUAGAAUGUGCUGCAGAGGGGCACCCUGUACCUCAGAUUUCCUGGCAGAAAGAUGGUGGUACUGACUUUCCGGCUGCUCGAGAAAGACGCAUGCACGUCAUGCCGGAGGAUGAUGUCUUCUUCAUUGCCAACGUGAAAAUAGAAGACAUGGGAAUCUAUAGCUGCAUGGCCCAGAAUAUAGCAGGAGGCCUCUCAGCAAAUGCUUCACUAACGGUGCUGGAGACACCUUCAUUUAUCAGGCCUCUGGAGGACAAGACAGUGACCCGAGGUGAAACAGCCGUGUUGCAGUGCAUAGCUGGAGGGAGCCCUGCCCCGCGCCUCAACUGGACUAAAGAUGACGGCCCGCUGCUGGUGACAGAGCGACACUUCUUUGCUGCAGCCAACCAGCUUCUCAUCAUUGUGGAUGCCGGGCUAGAAGAUGCGGGGAAAUACACUUGCAUUAUGUCUAACACUCUUGGGACAGAACGUGGCCAUAUUUACCUGCAUGUCAUUUCGUCCCCCAACUGUGAUUCGUCUCAGAGCAGCAGUGGGCAUGAAGAUGACGGCUGGACCACAGUUGGCAUUGUCAUCAUUGUUGUGGUCUGCUGUGUUGUGGGCACCUCUUUGAUCUGGGUCAUUGUUAUUUACCACAUGAGAAGGAAAAGCGAAGACUAUAGUAUCACCAACACAGAGGAGCUCAAUCUGCCUGCAGACAUUCCCAGCUACUUGUCUUCUCAAGGAACGCUGUCUGAGCCACAGGAAGGCUACAGCAACUCUGAGGCAGGCAGUCAUCAACAGCUUAUGCCUCCUGUCAGUGGGUACAUGCAGAGAGGCACUGAUGGUGGCACUGGUGCUCGGGUGAUCUGCUCAGAUUGCUACGACAAUGCCAACAUUUACUCAAGGACUCGAGAGUACUGUCCGUAUACCUAUAUCGCCGAGGAGGAUGUUCUGGAUCAGACACUGUCGAGCCUCAUGGUCCAGAUGCCCAAAGAGACGUUUUUGUCAUGUCCUUCCCAAGACGUUGCUGCCCUGGAGAACUUAGUAUCAUUGGCAGACAGAGAACUGUCUGCCUUUCCCACCAACCACGAGCGGAUAAAUGAAAAGAAAUUUCCCUCCACACAGAUGAGCAAUGAAACAUUGCAGCAGCCUCUGUGGAGCAUAAACAGAGAGCCAGGCCUGCCUCGUGCUCCCUUUUCCCAGCAGCCAGUCCUCGAGCCCCCACCGCUGCAUCGGAAGGAGGACCUGGCGGAGCGAGAACCAGCCUGUUCUUCCCCCGUGCCCUGCCACAGGCUGCACGACCGUGCGUUUGACUUCAGUAGGACUCGGAACGUUCAGAAUGGGAGUGAGGACACAUGAAGCCCACACCAGAAUGAAAUUUGGGCAGAGACGGAAGUUAGUUAAUCUUGUAUUUGCUACCUCACAAUUCGGAAGAAACCCCCAAGUCAGCAUGUGCUUUACUCUUGGUUUAUGAUUACAUCUCCCACGCCAAGGUGGGCUUGGUGGGCUCACACUUGACAAGGAAAGGGUCGUGGCUGACGGAAGUGAGUGUAUCAAGUUGAAAAUCUGUGGCACUGGCAGAGGAAGGUGUGGAGCAAGCGUGUUUCCUGAUGGUCCGCGGGGAUGUGCCCGGGUGUGCACUGCCCACUGGCAAGUGUCUCAUUGCUGCUUGCCCUGCCGGGUCGUCCUAGUUCAUGGACUGGGCCUGCGAAAACGUCACUGCUUUGACGUUCUGUUUUGCCUUCCAAGGAACGAAGAUAAGCUCAGAGCCCUCUGAGAAGUGUACCUGGGGUCCUUCAGUGGGUUUAAGCAGGUAGUUGAGAUCAGGGCUUUGAUAUUCAAGGUCCUUGGCAAGAAUCCCAGGUUUGACCAGCUGGUAGCAGGUCAAAGGUUUUUGUAUUCUUGUGAAUUAUUAUUAUUAUUAUUUUUUGUCCCUAUUGCCCAGGGAUCUCAGUGUAAAUAUAUGUGCAUUUAUAAAUAAUUUUUCUAUUCAA